AUGGCUUCAGGAUCUUUUCCACCUUACAAAGGAGUUCAUAAUACUCAGAUCAUGAUGAACUCUCAUCAAGAGCCGAACCUCAUGCUGCCAAUCUCCUUAGUUCCAUCCCAUCAUCAUCCUCCUAUUGCUCCCAUGGAGCAAAGAAAUGACCCAGGCUCCUCAUAUAUUGAAGUAGUAGAAGUAUCUGCCGCCACUCUACUUGACGCACAUAGGUAUGUUUGUAAUUACUGCCACAAAGGGUUCCAAAGAGAGCAGAACUUGACACUUCACAAGCGAGUCCACAAUCUUCCAUUUCAUCUCAAAACAAAGGCUGCAAAGGAUGCAAUGCCUAAAAAGGUGUAUAUAUGCCCUGAGGUCACCUGCAUCAACCACCACCCUUCUCAUGCUUUGGGAGAUUUCGGUGGUCUCAAGAAACAUUAUUUAAGGAAACACAGUCACGACAAAAAACACAAGUGCGAUAACUGCUCCAAGACUUACGCAGUUGAGUCCGAUUUGAGAGCACAUGUGAAAAAUUGCAGCUCAAAAAGGUACAUUUGUCAAUGCGGCGCCCGAUUCUCGAGGUAUGGCUUAAUCAACUUCCAUUUGCUUUAUAAAGUAUAG